AUGAAGCUCUUGUGGCAGGUAACUGUGCACCACCUCCGCCGCCACCGCCGCCACCGCCGCACCUGGCCGGGGCUCCUGGCCGCCUCCCUGACCCUGCACGCCUGGCUACUGGCCGCGGCCGCCGCCUCGCCCGGCCCCCAGAGCUGCCCCUCCGUGUGCUCCUGCAGUAACCAGUUCAGCAAGGUGGUGUGCACCCGGCGCGGCCUGGCCGAGGUGCCCCCCGGCAUCCCCUCCAACACCCGCUAUCUCAACCUCAUGGAGAACAACAUCCAGAUGAUCCAGGCGGACACGUUCCGCCACCUGCACCACCUGGAGGUGCUGCAGCUGGGCAGGAACGCCAUCCGGCAGAUCGAGGUGGGCGCCUUCAACGGCCUGGCCAGCCUCAACACCCUGGAGCUCUUCGACAACUGGCUGACGGUGAUCCCCAGCGGCGCCUUCGAGUACCUGUCCAAGCUGCGGGAGCUGUGGCUGCGCAACAACCCCAUCGAGAGCAUCCCCAGCUACGCCUUCAACCGCGUGCCCUCCCUCAUGCGCCUCGACCUGGGCGAGCUCAAGAAGCUCGAGUACAUCUCCGAGGGCGCCUUCGAGGGCUUGUACAACCUCAAGUACCUCAACCUGGGGAUGUGCAACAUUAAGGACAUGCCCAACCUGACGCCCUUGGUGGGCCUGGAGGAGCUGGAGAUGUCGGGCAACAACUUCCCCGAGAUCAAACCGGGCUCCUUCCACGGGCUCAAAUCCCUCAAAAAGCUCUGGAUUAUGAACUCGCAGAUCAACCUGAUCGAGCGCAACGCCUUCGACGACCUGACGGCGCUGGUGGAGCUCAACCUGGCCCACAACAACCUGUCGUCCCUGCCCCACGACCUGUUCGCCCCGCUGCGCUACCUGGUGGAGCUGCACCUGCACCACAACCCCUGGGACUGCGACUGCGACAUCCUCUGGCUGUCGUGGUGGCUGCGGGAGUACAUCCCCACCAACUCCACCUGCUGCGGCCGCUGCCACGCCCCGCUGCACAUGCGGGGCCGCUUCCUGGUGGAGGUGGACCAGACCUCCUUCCAGUGCUCGGCGCCCUUCAUCAUGGACGCGCCCGCGGACCUCAACAUCUCGGAGGGGCGCGUGGCCGAGCUGCGCUGCCGCACGCCCUCCAUGUCCUCGGUGCGGUGGCUGCUGCCCAACGGGACCGUGCUGAGCCACGCCUCGAGCCACCCGCGCCUGGCCGUGCUCAACGACGGCACGCUCAACUUCUCGCACGUGCUGCUGAGCGACACCGGCCUCUACACCUGCAUGGUGACCAACGUGGCCGGCAACUCCAACGCCUCGGCCUUCCUCAACGUCAGCACGGCCGAGCUCAACACCUCCAACUACAGCUUCUUCACCACCGUCACGGUGGAGACCACCGAGAUCUCCCCCGAGGACGUGUCCCCCAAGUUCACCAAGCCCGUGCCCACCACCUCGACGGGCUACCAGCCGGCCUACACCACCACCACCACCGUGCUGGUGCAGACCACGCGCCCGCCCAAGCAGGUGGCCGUGCCCACGGCCGACGCCGGCGACAAGCUGCAGACCAGCCUGGACGAGGUGAUGAAGACCACCAAGAUCAUCAUCGGCUGCUUCGUGGCCGUGACGCUGCUGGCCGCCGCCAUGCUCAUCGUCUUCUACAAGCUCCGCAAGCGCCACCAGCAGCGCAGCACCGUCACGGCCGCGCGCACCGUGGAGAUCAUCCAGGUGGACGAGGACAUCGCGCCCGCCGCCGCCGCCGCCACGCCCGCCCCGGCCGCGGGGGCCGGCGAAGGGGCCGUGGUGCUGCCCAACAUCCACGAGCACCUCAACUACAACACCUACAAGGCCGGGCACGGCGCCCACUGGACAGAGAACGCGCUGGGCAACUCCCUGCACCCCCCCGGGACCACCCUGGCCGACCCCUAUUUAAUCCAGACCCACCCCAAGGAGAAAGUUCAGGAAACACAGAUAUGA